AUGGCUCAUGGACUCUUCCGGCUCAGCAGCGGCCUCUACACCGGGCUCGCUGUGCUUCUGCUCCUCGCGUGGACGUUGACAGCACUCACUUUCACCGCCCUCAACGUACUCAAUAGUAAAAGCUCCUACCUCGAAGUCAUCGCGUCGACCAGUCUCCUUACCUUUCUCAUCUGCCGUCUCCUCGUUGCUUCAAGUCCGUCAAAUCGCCAAGAUGAUACUAUUGCUCGAUUGAUUGCGUCUGCAGACUAUGGAUCGCGUCGAGGCGCUGUUGUACUGUUCAGCUUGUGCUGCACAUGGCUGUACGAGCUGCUUAACCAGGCGGUGUUGUUGUUUUUUAUGACGAUCUUUGGGAGUGUCAUGGCUACCGCUAUAUACAAUGAUGCAUUCACAGACAACGUGGUGGAUAGCGACGAGAGUACAACGGCUGUUUCCGUCGAGAUGGACAAAUUUGAGGAUAUGGUCGGCUUCAAUCCGACGCAGAUGUUUAAAUUGAUUCCGCCGCGGCUGUUGGUUUAUUUUGUCGGACUGGUGUGGUUGAACUUUCUGAGCUUGGGAGCUUAUGUGCUGGGUCAUGCGGCGGUAUCGUUGAAGAAGUUGUUGAGUUCGUCGGUAGCUGUGAGGAGGGACGGUAAGGUUGGCGAGAAAGGGCUGGUUGCUGAGCAGUAG